GAAAUUGACAUGUUGAGUAUAAUCAAUAGUGAUAGCAUAAAUGAAGCAGAAGAGCAAUUUAUUCUCGUGCUGGAGUAUUCAUCUGAGGCUGUGCUUGAACUGGAUGAAGAUGGCGGAGUAUUGGUUGUUACCAUUUUGGAUGAUAAUCCAAUUAUUUUAGUCUACAGUUCUUCCUCAUACACAUUCCCUGAAUCUGAUGGGGUAGUGGAAAAUGUCAUUAGAGUGCAG